GUCCUGGGCAGUACCGAGUCCGCUCAGUCCUGCCCACCCUCGAAGCACAGGCGCCGCUCGGCGGGUAUAAUGGGUCGCUUGGCCCUUUCCCCUCGUCUCCUUUUGUCGUUUCGGCUCCUUCGUCGCCCUCCGGGUUUCCUUUGGUAUCGGCACACCUCCACCUCCCCCGUCCCGCUUCUCCACCAUGCUCCGGGCCAUCUCCUGUUGUUUUGGAGGGCUCGCGACCCCGCCCAAGGACCGAGGCGUCUCCGAGCGCACCACUGUCUCGGAGCAGACGGGGUCCUCUGUCUCCCACCAAACCCCGCAAGCCCAGCCUCCUAUCUCCGAGCAGCCUCAGCCUCAGCCCCCGGCCGCCCAACCCGCUGACAUUCAAACCCAGACCCAGACCCCUGUCUCCCAGCAGCCAAAGUCCCCUCCGACCGAUCCCUUUGGCCCCUGGCUCCAUCCUGUCGAGUGUCUCAUUAACACUGCCCGCGACGAGCCCGAUGCCCUCCUGAUCAACACCUACGAGAGCGGCAUCUCGGAGCGACUCAGCUAUCUCCGUGUGUGGAAGCAGGCAUACUCGGUCGCCCAGGCUCUCAAGGCUCUCCCUGGCUGGAACGACGACGGCCAUGAAGUCAUCGGCACCUUCUGCGAGGCCGAAGCCAGCUGGGUGAUCUACUCGUUCGCUGUGUGGAUGCUGGGCAAGAAAACACUCAACCUUGCCCUCAACCUGCCUCCUGCAGCCCGCAAGGGCCUGUGCGAGAGACAUGCAAUCAAGUUCAUCCUCUACCACCAUACCAAGCCUGGUCACACCGAAGGCGUGACGUUGGUCGAUGCCACCACGUUCCAAGUGCUGGACGACGCUCCACCUCCGUCCCUCGAAGUCUGUGAGCCCCUUGAUGGGUCUGUGGCAUAUGCCUGCACCUCCGGAACGACAGGCAUUCCCAAGUCAUUCAAGUAUUCCCACAUGGUGGCGACCGUGCUCAGACCAUCACUUGGCAUCCCUCAGUGCUCUGCCGGCCUCUGCCAGGCCCCCUCCUUCCUUUCAGCUCUAGGCCUUAUUCUUUGUGUGUUGAAUCUGAAGGGAUCGCUCUGGAUUCCUGAGCCAACUCCCAACACUGUGGAUAAAGUCAAGAGGAUCGUCAGAAUGCUGGAUGAUGAUCUUUCGUACCUGUUCCUGACGCCGUCCUUCAUGAAAAUGACAAUCAAAGUCGCCCUUGCCUCGAACCCAAACGUCCAGUGGGCAAAGACAAAGAAGGUCUCGAUGGGCUCGGAACUAGUCCCUCUGAGUGUCGUGCAGAAAGCCAGGGCCCUCUUCCCCAACGCAAUCAUCGACCUGGGAUACGGCUCGAGCGAGUCCGGACUUGUUGGCGCCUUCUCUCUCCUUCGUCUUCCCGCAGGAGUCCCGGCUCCUCCAAAGCAUCUGGAGUAUAGACUCGUUACGCCAGGAGUGCGCUGUCUCCUCUUUGACGAGGAGGGAAACAUCGUCGACCAGAAGGUCUCCAAGAGCGGCGUACUCGUCUUUGCCGUCGACAAGGAUCAUCAUGCGAAGAACCAUCCCAACUUUGUCAACGCUGAUCCCAACAACAAGCUCGCACCCUUUGGUUUCCUCGAAGACGGCUCGCCCCGCGUCUGCACCAUGGACUGGGUCGAAAUGACUGGCGAGAACCAGUUCACUGUGAUUGGAAGAUUCGACCAGAAGAUCAAGGUCAACGGCGUCUAUGUCGACCUCAACGCCCUCGAGGAGUUGGUUCUCCAGCACAUGUCCAAAACCAUCAGCGAUUGCACCUUUGUCCAAACCUCCGAGAAGCAGAUCGUGAUGCUUUACGUCCUUCAGAAGGGAUCCGACAUCGAUACUGCUCCCAGCGAGAUGAUUCGUGUCGUCGAGGACUUUUUUACCCUCGAGAACGUCGCUAAGUUCCCGAUCCACAACGUCUUCGAACUUCACGAGUUCCCCUUCAACGACUCGGACAAGCGCGACCUCAAGAAGCUCAGGCGCAUCGCCGAGCACGCCAAGUACUUUGGCAAGUCGGUUGUCUAUCCGCCUCUCAUUAUCGAGGACACUCCCCUGUCUCGCACUGCCGCCAAGAUCUCCACGCUCGGCAGCCAGAUCCUCGACAUUGUUUCCCUCGACGGCCGCAACUACUACAUCGGCGGUGUCGGUUUUGACUCGCUGAGUGUCAGCCGCCUCGCCCUCGCCAUCAAGGACGAGUUUGAUGUCGAGAUCUCACCGCUGAUCCUGCUGUCGAACGGAAUGACGCCGCUCGAUGUCGCCCAGCUGGUCGUCGACAUACUCGACGACAAACCGAUGAUCCCCCCGACUGUUGAUCUGGCCGCUGAGGCCAUUAAACUCGACGAUGCGAGUGUGACGACCGAGGGUCUUCCUCCGUUUGUCUAUCCCAAUGACCCUCGUGGCAUCGUUCUGACCGGUGCCACUGGCUUCCUCGGUGCCUUCCUGGUCUUUGAGCUGGCCCACAAGUUCCCCCGUGCCAAGAUCUACUGCCUCGUGCGAGCCCAGAACGAACAAUUAGCAUUCACCCGGAUUUUCACCAAUGCCUCCAAAUUGGUGAUAGCAUCGAGAAUGGCUGGCGAUCCGCGGUACGAUGUGCGCGACCGAUUCAUCGGACUGUGCGGCGAUCUGUCACAGGACAAGUGGGGACUCUCGGACGAGCGAUGGAAGGAGAUCAGCGAGGAGACCGACAUGAUUGUCCACAACGGCGCCGAGGUCCACUGGCUGUUCGACUAUGACAGACUCAAGGGACCCAACGUCCUCAGCACGGCGACGGCCCUGAGACUGGCCACAACCCACCACCUGAAGCCGCUGCACUACAUCUCGACCAUCGGUACGAUCCCGAUGGCCAAGAGUUCCAACGAACCUCUCAAGGAGAAGAUCUAUUCGGCCUGGAACAUCUCUGGCGGGUAUGGCCAGACCAAAUGGGUCUCUGAACAGCUGAUCAACAAGGCACGAUCGAGGGGAGUGCCGGUGACGAUCAUUCGCCCAGCCGUCAUUGCCGGCGACAGCCAGUACGGAGUGUCCAACUCUGAUGACUACAUCUGGCGAUAUGUCAAGGGAUGCAUCCAACUCGGUGUUGCUCCGUCGUAUGCCACUCCCGUCACGAUGACCAUAGAUCCCGUUGACCACGUCGCCAAGGUGGUCGCCGAGAUUGCCGGCUCGGAGGAGUCCCUGUCCAAGUUUGUGUUCCACAUCAGCGACUCGGAGCACAGUGUCCUCACUGAGACCAAGCUGUUCGAGAUUGUCAAUUCCUUUGGCUGGCCCGUCCUCUUUGAAACUCGUGAGAAGUUCAAGUACAUCCUUUCCACCAACCCCUUGUACAACCAAAAUGCCCUGUUCCCGCUCAUGCACAUGAUGAUGGACAUGUCCAUCAAGAUCGACAACGCCAACACCCGCUCGAUCUACCCAACGCCCUGUCCCUCGACUGUGCUGAUCGCCAAGAAGUGUCUCAGCUACUUGAACCAUGCUCGCUUCCUUCCCAACCCCAUCCAACCGUCGAGCGAGCUCAAGGACGACGAGUAUCCCGAAGUCAGCAUCUUCACCCGCACCGGCCGCAACUGAUCAGCGGACCGUGAUUCAGCAAUAGAUUGAUCAGGUUGUUUCGUUCCUCUUCCUUUCUGGUUGAGUCUUUUCUUUCAUUUUCUUUCUUUUCCUUUCGUUUCAUCUAUAAACGGCGGAUCACUCGAUUGAUCCGCUCCCUUCGCUUCCAUGAUAUUGGUCUUUGGUCAAGUCCUGUCUGAGUCUUCUGAUGUGAACACGAUUGAUUUGCUGAGACUGA